AUGCCUUCUCUAUGCUCCAGUAUUUGGAUACUGCUGCUUUCUGGAAUAAUAACUACAAGUAGAUCAUCAUAUUAUGAUGGAGUUGAAGAAUUGGACAAUGAUCUUAUUGUUACUUGUGCAAAAGAAGCCAAACUCCUGGUGGACACAGCAUAUAAAACCACGCGCUUCAUAUUAAAAGAACGCUUGAGAAAGAAGGAUGUAGGUGCUCGGGACCUGAUGGCCUACUUCAAGCAGCCUGUUGCAGGGAGCAGGAACUAUAUUCGUGCAGCCGAUUACAUGGGUACAACUCUGCAACUCUUGGCGGAAAAAGUCAAAUAUUUUAGCGACAGACCCUUCAAUAUCUCAGAUAUAUUAACAGAGAACCAGUUGAAUGCGAUUUCUAAGAUUUCAGGCUGUGAAGCUCAGUACCGCCCCAUGGUUUGUCAGGACAGCCCCUAUCGCACCAUUACUGGGUCAUGUAAUAACAGGAGAAAUCCCAGUCUUGGUGCUUCCAACACUGGCUUUCUGCGUUUAAUACCUCCUGAGUAUGAGGAUGGCCUUUCCCUUCCCCGUGGCUGGACUGAUAACCGUCCAAUCAAUGGAUUCCGUUUGCCUUUGGCACGUCAAGUAUCCAAUGAGAUUGUCAGAUUCCCAACUGAGAAUAUAACUCUGGACAGUGGCCGAGCUCUCAUCUUUAUGCAGUGGGGGCAAUGGACUGAUCAUGACCUCGACCUGUCCCCUGAAACCCCUGCAAGAUCAACAUUCCUAGAGGGAAUUGACUGUGACCUCAGUUGUGCCCAGGAGCCCCCCUGCUUUCCUCUCAAGAUUCCACCAAAUGACCCUCGCUUCACAAAUCGCAGUGAUUGUAUCCCACUCUUCCGCUCAUCCCCUGUGUGUACACCUGGAUCUCCAAUUAGAGAGCAGAUAAAUAUACUCACCUCAUAUCUUGAUGGAAGCCAAGUAUAUGGAAGUGAUUUGCCCUUGGCUGCUAAGCUUCGAAAUAACACAAACCAGCUUGGACUUAUGGCCAUUAACCAAAAUUUUACAGACAAUGGCCUUCCAUAUCUGCCCUUUGAAACAGUCGAGGAAGACUUUUGUGUCUUGACAAACAGAUCAUCUGGAAUUCCCUGCUUUCUGGGAGGAGACCCUCGUGUCAGUGAACAACCAGGUCUUACAGCUUUCCAUACAAUGUUCGUUCGAGAACACAACCGUAUAGCAACAGAGCUGCGCAGAAUAAACCCUAACUGGUCUGGAGAGACUCUGUAUCAAGAAUCCAGGAAGAUUGUAGGAGGAAUCCUGCAGAAAAUAACCUAUGAAGACUGGCUGCCUUUACUGCUGGGAUCAGAAUUGCCUCAGGUUCUCCCAAGAUACAGAGGGUACAAUGAGUCUGUGGACCCAAGAGUGGCCAAUGCAUUCACUGUUAUGUUCCGUAUGGGCCAUACUCUGAUACAGCCAAUAAUUUACCGCCUUGCUGAUGGUUAUCGCCCCCUUAUGCCAGAACCACAGGUCCCACUUCAUAUGACUUUCUUCAACAGCUGGAGAGUGGUCAGACAAGGAGGGAUUGAUCCUCUUCUCCGUGGACUCAUGGCAAAUCGAGCCAAACUUAACCGUCAGAACCAGCUGGUGGUAGAUGAACUAAGGGAGCGUCUGUUCAAGCUUUUGAAGCGGACUGGUCUCGAUUUACCAGCCAUUAACAUGCAAAGAGGCAGAGAACAUGGACUGCCAGGGUACAAUGCAUACCGGAGGUUUUGUGGAUUAUCUGCUCCACGCAAUUUGGAGGAGCUGUCCAAUGUGCUGAAUAACAGAGAACUAGCUCAAAAGUUCAUAAAUCUUUAUGGCACUCCUGAAAAUAUUGACAUCUGGGUUGGAGGGGUUGCUGAACAACUGGUCCGCAAUGGCAGAAUUGGAAUGUUAAUGUCUUGCCUGAUUGGAAACCAGUUCCGCAGGGCACGAGAUGGAGAUCGAUUUUUUUAUGAGAACCGUGGGGUGUUCACGGAAGCUCAGAAAAAUGCUAUCAAAAGAGUCACUCUUGCCCGUGUCAUCUGUGAAAACACCAGGAUUACAGAGGUGCCUCGAAAUGUCUUUUUGGGUAACCAGUAUCCCAGAGAUUUUGUGAGAUGUUCUAACAUUCCAGCUCUGGAUCUAAGACAAUGGAGGAGACCUUAAGGAAAUGAUUAUCUGCAUCUAUCCUAAGACCAAAACCUGACCAGGAAGUCUUUAUGAGUUACCUUGUAUGCACACAACUACAGAAGCAUUGUAAAAAAAAAUCUACCAUUAUAUUAGUUAGUCUUUCACUCUUUUGAGUGAUGGAUAGA